AUCCGAUACAAAUAGAAAAUACAAUCAGCAAGCUGGCAAUUAAACUUGUGAAAUUAUCAUAGAGAAUUUAAUACUAUAAAUGAAUUUUGAUAGAUAAUUUUAAUAUUCCUAUUUAUACAAAUUUUAAUAAGCUUAAAAAAGACCAAGUUGGCUGUGAGGACAGGGAAAGAAAUAUGACCAAGUCAUUUAUAGAGUACAAGAAAAAGCAGCAUUGACACAUGUUCAUAUAGGAGUAACCUUUGGUAUAUCCAACAUCUAAACACCCUUCUUUGAUUAGUACUGUCUAGUUUAUUUGUCUGGUCCCCAUUUCACAUUAAUCAUGAACCUCUACCCUAAGUAGAAAAACAACUUUUUUUGCUUCAUACCCUUUUGCUGGUGACAAUUGGUUUUUGUUUCCUUUUGUCACCUUCUUGUUUCCUCUCCAUUAGUAAAAAAUUAUCAUAAUUCAAAGUUGGAUGAGGACACAUUAAGGAACAUCAUAACACAUAGAAUUGUGUUACAUUGAUCAAACCAUAUAUUAUUCUCUUGUAAGGUUUCUGUUACUACAGAAUUCACCAUAUACAAAAGAAAUCAAUCAAAAAGACAGAAAAAAAAAAAAGAAAAAAAAAAGUGUUGGUCAUUAUUCAUUAAAAAAUUUGCAAAAAUGAAUGACUUAUUCUCAAGCUCCUUCAAAAAAUACAGUGACUUGAAGGAGCAAGCCCAAAUUGAUGAUGUAGAAGCAGGAAAAGAGAGUAUCAACCUUGAUAAAUUCUUUGAGGAUGUUGAGAAUGUGAAAGAAGACAUGAGGCUUGUCGAAAAGCUUUAUAGAAAAUUACAAGAGGCAAAUGAAGAAAGCAAAAUUGUCCACAAUGCUAAAACAAUGAAAGAUCUUAGAGCAAGGAUGGAUAAAGAUGUUGAACAGGUUCUCAAAAGAGUCAAAAUCAUUAAGGGUAAGCUUGAAGCAUUAGAACGUUCGAAUGCCGCGAAUAGAAACAUUCCAGGGUGUGGUCCAGGUUCAUCAGCAGAUAGAACAAGAACUUCAGUGGUUAGUGGAUUGGGAAAAAAACUCAAAGAUAUGAUGGAUGAUUUUCAAGGGUUAAGAGCAAGAAUGCAACAAGAGUACAAGGAAACAAUUGAAAGAAGGUAUUUUACAAUAACUGGUGAGAAAGCUGAUGAAGAUACUAUUGAGAAUUUGAUAUCAAGUGGAGAAAGUGAAACUUUUAUGCAAAGAGCAAUUCAAGAACAAGGUAGGGGUCAGAUUAUGGACACAAUAUCUGAGAUUCAAGAAAGACAUGAUGCUGUUAAGGAAAUAGAGAAAAACUUGAUUGAGUUGCAUCAAGUAUUUUUGGACAUGGCAGCACUUGUUGAGUCACAAGGACAACAAUUGAAUAACAUAGAGAGUCAUGUUGCACAUGCUAGUUCUUUUGUUAGAAGAGGUACUGAACAACUUCAUGAGGCAAGAGAGCAUCAAAAGGAUUCAAGGAAAUGGACUUGUUAUGUCAUACUUCUUGCUAUCGUCCUCGUCAUCGUGCUCCUGUUUCCAUUGUUGAUGUCAAUUCUACCUCACUUGUUUCUGUAGAAUUAAAAGGUCAAAGUCGUCAUCAUCAUCAUCGUUAUUAAACAAAGAAUCUUAGAGAGUAUUAGAUUUUAUGCAUUCUGAAAUGUCAAGGAACAUGCUGCAUGAGCUAGCAGCAGAAAAUGGGAAUUUGUUUGUUGGUGCCUUUUUCUUCAAGGCAUUUCAUGUUGCCAUACAUAUAUUCAAGUGAACUAUUCAUGCAGGUAAACAAAGAAGUCACAGAACCAUGUUUUUCUGAUUAUUUUUUUUGUUUUUGGAUCUCCAUGGAAUUGUAAUAAUAGUGAGAACAAGUUCAAACAUGACAACAUUGUAAUAGAAAGUUGACACAAGAUUUCUGUAAUCUUGAUCAGCUUUUUUUCC